CCACCAGAAACACUACACCAUGAAAACUGUGCUUGGGAAGGAAAGGUCUGUGGACGGUAGGCUUACUGGAGACCUCGUGGCAAAGUCCGGCAUGAUUUCCUCGUCGAUGAGUGUUCAAGUAUAAAAACAAACAACUUGGUAUAAGCAAAAAAACGGACCCUUUUCUCGUCACAUACAUUUUCAUUCUGAGCGAUGGCGAGGCAGAACGUUGUUGAAGAAGAAGUGGAGAGUCUCUGGAAGAAGAUUCACUUUGGUUUGAGACCACUACAUAAUAUUUUUGAAGAGCAAUCAGAACGAGCUAAAAGGGUGAAUGAGAAUGUACAUAAUCCAGAAAAAAGGCUGAAGUUGUGCGAGGAAGCCUUGAAAACUUACAUACAGGAAGAGAAGCUCGUAAAACAAGUAAUCCUGUCUAUGGAACGAAUUGUCGGUCUCAUUGAAAAAGCCCAUGAUCAGACAGAAUACAUGAACAGUAGUCCACUCACAAGAAGUCGACGGAACAGGUCACAGAGCGUUUCACGGUCCUCUCCACAGCCUCCGGUGUUUUCUAAAGGGGAUGUUGUAGCCUUCAGACUUCCGCGAUCAAGGAAUCAAGAUGGCGGCUAUUGGAUCCAGUGCAUCAUCACAAAAGUCAUUGGUGAAGGCUCGAAACAAAGGUUUGAGGUUCAGGAUCCAGAACCGGAUGAUGAUGGAAACCCCGGUCAGGUGUAUCGAGCGACAGCCUCUAACUUGAUAUAUAUUCCAAAGGAUUCUGCUGGCUUGCUGGAACUGGCACCGGGGACAACCGUCUUAGCCCGUUACCCAGAAACAACAACCUUCUACAAGGCUGAGGUAAUUGAGACCUUGAAAAACGGCUCAUGCAAGCUUCAUUUCGAAGGUGAAGAAGAAAUUGGUAAAGAGACUAUCGUGGAACGGCGACUGAUUCUUAAUUGCUCAAAGUGAAAUUGAGUUCUCAUACUUUCCUACUAUCUCCGUACACUUCACAUAUUCCUCGUAUAGACCUUCUUUAAAAUGGGAUGAACUCAUUUCAUCAUGUAUAUAAUAGA